AUGCGUGCCAAAGCAAAGAAGGAUAUGGUGAAGAAAAUAAAAAAGGCUUCAUCUCAGUUACUUGUUUCUAGUAAAAAAAAAAGUGAAGAUGCUGAUUUCUUGCCAUUAGAGGGUGGUCCUAGGUGGAAAUUGCCUGAUCAAACUCCAGUUGAUAAUAAUGCCAAGGAGUUAUAUAUUGGUCGGAUACCUCAUGGUUUUUAUGAGAAGGAAAUGGAAGGGAGUGAGGAGAAAUUGGCUUUCUGCAAGGAUCUUGGAACCGCUGUCUGCAUCAAUUAUAAGACUGAAGAUUUUGCUGCACGGGUGAAGGAAGAAACAGGAGGGAAAGGUCUGGCUCUUGCUUUUAUAUCUUAA